AUACAGCAAAAGUCAUGCUAGCCGCCGACUACGAUGAAUUCGAAGAAUAUAGAGCUCGCGCUUAUAGCGCGUCUUCUAGAAGACCACCUCAACCGAUGCCUGAUGAACUUAGGCCGAGAACAACAAGUAUGCCGGCAAAACCUCUUACCUCUAACCGCCAAAAGAAACUGAAAACAGCUUCCAGAUCCUCUUCCGGUUACGAGAGCGGAAUUUCAAGUCCGGUUGAUGGUAGAUCAAGAAGAACUUCAGACAGUACCAAAGAAAGUAUACAUUACGUUUUGAUUGUUGGUGUCAGUGGUGUUGGAAAGAGUUCACUAAUAGAAUCGUUUAGGACAAUUUGCGGUAUGGAAGCAACAGAAAAUGAUCGACCUAUUAUAAAAGUGACCUUUAACGGUAAACGAGAAGAAAUCAUAUUCGUUGAGGAGGCAAAUGUUGGAGAAGUGAUGAGGUCACUCAACUCAUCCAUUUAUUAUUAUUAUUAUUACUUUCUCUCUAGAAGUUUCUUAUUAACGAACGACCUAGUUUUAAUUUUUCAUUCUAACCCAGAAAUAAAUAAUGUUUACCCGUUUUCUAGCUAAAUGCUUUUUAUCCGAUUGAUUGAAUCAAUUAGAAAUUACUUAAUCAAGUCUGAUAUUAAGGAGUAUUAUACCUGCUCGUUAGAAAUUGCGUCUAGUUCCGUUAAGAUUUAUGUCUCUUUAUAGAUUACGCACACGCACAUACUAUAGAUAUAUGUAUACGUAAUAUCUGUAUUAGGUCAUCUUACUAUAUAACUUAAAAUAUAAAUGACAGCAAAUAAAAUAAAACAGAGCAUAUUUAGUAAAUCAAUUACUUAAUUAUCGACCGUAAUGAGGCGUACUCGAUUCUAAUAGACUAAAAUCAAUUGAUUUAAAACAAAUCGUUAACUAUACUAGUUCUAGAUUUCCUUUUUCACCUUCUUCUUGUCUUUCUUUCUCUUUAAAAAUUUAACCUAAAGUACGAUUAAAAUAAUAGAAGAGGUGAAGGAAUAGAAUAAAACCAAUAUAUGAUACAUAGAUAGAUAGAAAGGAAGAAAUACAGCUGGAUGGAUACAUUGAGAAAAGUAGGGUAAAGAAGGGAGGAGAAGAAAAGAACAGUGAUCGAUUUGAAAUAUGAUACUAUUUUCUAUCAGUUAUCUCAAAAGAAGAAGAAAAACGAAAUAUAAGAAUAAAUACAAUAGAAUCCUUUAGUCGAAACAGAUUAAUAGAGAAUUUAGUAUACUAUUGUAAAUGAAAGUAAUCUCCGUGUUCCAAUAUCACUAAAUUCUGUAAUAGAAACGUGACUUAAACACUAACAUACAAUUAAGCCGUUAUUUUCAAUGAUUCUAUUAAUACUAUAAAAUAUUCAUCUUCAUGUAUACAGUUUAUUAUAUAAAAUAUUUUUUUUCUUUUUUUUUUUU